UAUGUGCGAGGACUACUCGUGUCCAGAGAGAUCUGUUUCUUUAUCUGUCUAUGUGAUUCUGUAUGUGGCCGCAGCAGCUGUGGCUCUUCUGACCGUGUGUGGAAACCUGCUGGUCAUCAUCUCUGUUAGUCACUUCAAGCAGCUCCACACACCUGCCAACAUCCUCAUCCUCUCUUUGGCUGCGUCUGAUCUGCUGGUGGGAGUUUUUGUGAUGCCAUUUCAAUUGACUUUGCUGAUUGAAUCAUGCUGGAUCGCUGGACCGGUCAUGUGUGCAGUUUUAAAAUUUGUCAAUUUUCAGGCAACAAGUGUUUCUGUUCACACUGUGGCUUUAAUAGCUGUCGAUCGCUUUUUAGCUUUGAGUUUUCCCUUUUUUUACUCUGAGAAAAUCUCCCCCACUGUGAUCUGUAUAGCAGCUUUGCUAAACUGGCUGUUUUCUCUCUUCUAUAACUUUCGUCUUCUGUAUGUUAAUGGAAACUUCACUGAUAUUGUGUGUCCAGGAGUGUGUGUUUAUGUCGUAGAUGAGAUUUCAUCCUUUGUUGAUCUCCUGAUUGUGUUUGUAAUGCCAUGUACGCUCAUUAUAAUAUUAUACACUCAUGUUUUUGUCAUUGCUAAGAAACAUGCGACUGCUAUAAGAGCCGUUCAGGUUCACAACAGCACAGAAUCCUCUAAGAACAAAAUCAGCGACAAAUCAGAGAGAAAAGCUGCGAUGCUGCUGGGGAUUCUGGUCUUUGUGUUUCUCCUCUGUUUGCUGCCAUAUUAUACUUUUUUAGUGAUUUCAUACAGUAUUGUUGAUUUCAUAUUUUUCAGAGAUGUUGGUGUGAUCAUUUUCUUCCUGAACUCCACCAUUAAUCCAAUAAUUUAUGCCUUAUUCUACCCCUGGUUUAAGAAAAGCUUAAGAAUAAUUUUCACAUUUAAAGUGUUUCAGAGAGACUCUUCCCUGAUGAAUGUGCAAAGUUAUUAA